CUAUCUGCAAAGACUCGAAAAACUGCCAGUUGAACAAGCUCGAAUAUCGACAUAACGGGCGCUCCCGAUCGACUCGACCAACAGCGACACCUACUCCACACCGCAUUUAGAUCAUCAAAACCAUGUCUGUCUCCUGCAGAUACGCAGCUCAGUGCUGCUCGCGUCAAUUGCGCGUCUCGCCCUCGGUUCGUGUUUCCGGUGUUGCUGUUCAGAGGAUAGCAAGAAGGCACAACUCAACCGAGGCCGCAAGCCCAAAGAUCACCACCAUCGUCGACCAAAUCAGCCAGUUGACUCUCCUGGAGACUGCAGAGCUUGUCUCGAGCCUGAAGUCACGACUGAACAUACCCGAUCUGCCUGUUGGAGGCUUCGCUGCUGCUGCUCCCGCCGCCGCUCCUGCCGCUGCCGAGGAGGCAGAUGAGCCUGCACCAGCGGCCGCUGCCAAGACUGUUUUCACCCUGAAGCUCAUGUCCUUCGAUGCUGGCGCCAAGGCAAAGAUCAUCAAGGAGGUCAAGGGUCUUCUUGGCUUGAGCUUGGUCGACUCCAAGAAGUUUGUUGAGAGCGCGCCCAAGGUCAUGAAGGAGUCGGUCCCCAAGGAGGACGCAGAGAAGAUUAUCGCGACCAUGAAGGAGCUUGGUGCCGUCGUGACCAUGGAAUAGAUGUACAUCCUAUGAUCAUGUCACCUGAAGCCUCCAGGGCAUCACUUGUACAAAAACAACAAAGCAGCAGCAUGUACCACCAACUAUGGAAAUCUUUGAUGUUCUAUAUCCAAACAAAUGUAUUGACAACCAGCUUCCUUUACACAAUUUCAUGGACAGGCAGGACUGUAUGACAUUCUCCUUUACCUUUGGGAUAUCAUUGUUUAUGGGGCAUAUCUGAGAACCGAUGGAAUAUAGACCGAUAGACGAGGGGAGAAAAUUGCAUGUCUUGUGGCUUAAGUCUCAACGAGGCUUCCAAUUAUGACUUGAAGAUAGAAAUCACCUCACGGCCUAUGAUUACCAUUAGCCAAUAUCUCUGCCUC